UAUGUGUCCGAGCAUGAACUCCCAGUCCCUGACUAUCUCACCGCUCACCAAUGGGCUCUUAUGGAGAAGACUGUUGCCAUCCUCGCCCCCUUUGAGGAACUAACUAAAAAAGUGAGCAGCUACGACGCACUAGCCUCUGAUGUCAUCCCAGCUGUGACUGUGCUAGUGAGACUUCUAAACAGAGAAACAGACGAGGACCACGGCGUCAAGACAAUGAAAGCAACCUUACUGGCAGCUGUCAAGAAGCGCUUCAGUGACGUCGAGACCAACCCACUGUACUUCAUCUCCACCAUACUUGACCCAAGGUAUAAAGAUCGCUUCUUCUCCAACAACACUGCUCCGGAGGCCAAGCUGCACCUGAAGCAGGAGCUGCAGAUGAUGUCCAGAGCUGAGGCAGAGGGGAGUCGGGCAGAAGCUGCAGAACCUCCUGCUAAACUGUUCCUCAAGGCCCAGGCCAGCACUAGCAGCAGUCUGGACACUGUAUUUGAAGAAAUCGCUAAGGAGCAGCCCCAGGCAGCACAGCCGCUGGCAGCAGGUGCUGCCAUUGAGCUCGACACAUACCUCGGAGAGGCCCCAAGCCCUCGUGAUGACAGUCCUCUGAAGUACUGGGGUGUCAACAAAAUCAGGUUCCCCACUUUGGCUAAAAUGGCCCAGAAAUACCUCUCAGCCCCAUGUAGCAGUGUGGAAAGUGAAAGGCUUUUUAGCUCAGUGUCACACAUUAUAGAUGAAAACAGAAACAGGCUGACUGCUGAUAAUGCAGAAAAGCUACUUUUCUUAAAAAAAACCUGCCACUCACUUUUUCUAAAUAGGCUCCAUUAAGUGAGUCGUCUUAGACUUGAUGUUAAUACCUACCUCAGUUGCACUGAUUGCCACAGUUCUAUGUUAGUGGAUGUUGUUAGUUUAUUCAAAUAUUGUGCACUAAAUAGCAAAGAUGUUUAUUAAUGCCCCUUGUGUUGUCCAAAGCGGCAGAGUUUACAACAAACUGAAAAAAAUACUUGAGUUGCACUGUCACUGUUUAAAUUUUUUUUAUAAUUAUUUAUUCUGUAAUAUGUUGCAUACAACAUGCUUUUCAUUUUAAAUAAAUGUUCUUAAUUCCAAACUAGUCCCUUGUUUUUUU